AUUUCGCAUAUGACUGUGCCACGGCAGACAGUCUGGUCCAGCUUUUGUGGGAGCGCUUCUCUAUCGCUGCUUUCGCCCUCGUCCGUGCAGGCGGUCCCGGAGCCGGGAGCGGCUCCAGCACAGGUGCUGCCGCAGCGUCCGGGCAGCGGGGACAGCGCGGGACUGAGCUGGCAGCGCCUUCCUCAGCCUCGGUGUCCCGCAGAGCCGGGACCAGCCGGGACCUGUCAUCAUGUCCCUUUCCAUGGGCCAUCCCCGUGGGUGUAUACCUGUUUCCGAGGCCGAUCUCCUAAAGGCUAUUUCAGCACUCCUGAUGUGUUGGGAGCAAGGGGCUGUUUGUUGCGAGCAGAGAGAUGCCGGCUGUGAGCUGGAGCAGAGAGAAAUCUGCUCCAUUCGUGGGCUUCUGAAGGAGCUCCUGCACCACCUGGAGGGGCCAGCAGCCGGGCUGACACACUUGCCAGGGGUGAAAGAAGCCACUUGCGGUAAGAAAAACGAUGCCACUUGUGAGUGUGCAGUGAGGGAAGAUGUGGAGAAUGGAAUCUGCAGCAGCGAUGGCAGAGUGAGGGAGCCCCUGGAUCCCCAGGGCACAUCAGCGACCGGCCAUGGGCACAGAAGCAUCCUCAGAAGAUUGCCGGGCAAGAGGUUCAGCUGCCAUCCCGUGCUCCCCUUGGUGCUGAUCCUGCUCCUGGUGCUGGUGCUGGCGUUGGCGGUGGCCUUGGCUGUGCAGUCAGCACCACAGGCUCCAGUUCCACCUGCGACUACCCCCGUGAUUCUGGGCUGUCCCCCUCGCUGGGUUGGAUACAAUGGAGUCUGCUACUACUUCUCAAGGGAUAACGGGACCUGGGAUGAGGCUCAAGAGCGGUGCUCGGAGCUCGGGGCCUCCCUGGCCAUUGUCAAGGAUGAGGCAAUGGAUUUGCUCUUCCGCCUCGGCGGGAACGGCGAUUACUGGGUGGGGCUGCGCAGAUGGGGCGAGCACCUGCAGUGGGGGGACGGCAGCAGCUUCAGCUCCUCGGUUCCUGUCCUGGGCAAUUCCGAGUGUGUGUACCUGGCUGAGGAGAAAUUCAGGAGUGUGAUCUGCUCGAAUCCGCAGCCGUAUCUCUGCAGCAAGCCCCGAGCUCCCCUGUAACAGGGGCUGGAGAAAGGAGCUUCUCCACGCUGGGCAGUCCCAGCUUCACCUCUCAGCCCAGCUCAGGGCUGGCCUUUCUCAGCUGCACCCUGUGCCUUGCACUUGCUCUCAGGGUCACCUCAGUGCCUGUUCAUCCCCCCUGCCAGCGCUGGGCUGGCUGUUCAAAGGAAAAGUCUCUGCAAUCCAUCCUGCCAGCCGUGCUAGCUGGAGUGAGGGGAUUGCCCUCAGUGCACAACAAGCUCUGGUUGAAGAAUGGUUUCUCUCUCUGCCUGUGUCUCUGUCUGUCUAUCUCUCUGUCUGUCCUUUUGUCUGUUGUGAAGGAUCUAACUGCUCUGCUGUGGCAGGAAAGCCAGGGUGGGGCAGGACAAGGAAUACUCUCCCUGAGGGGGAAGCAGACACACGAUGUUACUGUAACCCCCAUCCCUUUGUGUUGCAGUGUGUGAAAUAGAGAAUUCUUCAGAGAGAGAUCAGAGUGCAGGGAUUCAAUUAAAACUUUUAAACAGAUUACUGUAUAUUAAGCCAGUCUUAUAUGAAACAGAGAUGUAAGCUUCUAUUUUAAGUACGCAUAUAAGUUUAUAUUUAUAUUAUUAUUAUUUGUAUUAUUAUUAUUAUAUAUUAGGAACCUUUUUACUGCCAUAAGAAUAAAAGACAUAGAAUUUAGUGUUCAAAAGAAGUUUUAGUGAGAGCUAAGAAACAAAAAUAUGUCUCAAAAACUAGUCUCAGGGAGUGCUCAAAAAACAUAUUUUAGACAUA